UCUAUUGUUCAAUCAUCUUCGUUGGGUUCCUUUGUCUAAUAAUAAUUAUUAAUACUUUCUUUUCAUUAAGUUAAUCAAAUAUUUAAUUUAGAAAAUUAAUAUAGAUUUUUAUCCUUGUAUAAAAAAUUAGCUUAUGGUAUUAUUACAUAAGAAAUUACAAACCCAUUUUACUAAAUGCAUUUAUAAGAAAUGUCUUGUCAAUGGAUGAUAAAUUGUUUGGCCGCUCUGGCCAUUUGAAAAACCAUAAUAAACUACCUGCCAUAAUGACCCCAGUCAAUACUAUUUCUAACCAUAGUGAUUUUGGUUUGCCUGAUGUUACAAUCACAUCACAAUUCACAUCAUUAAAACUUACUCCAGACUAUAAUGACAGUGAUGAAGAAAGUGAUGAUUAUUCUCAUAGUUUUUUACUUUUAGAUGAGAAAGAAAGGCUGAAGGUUCCUAAUGUAGAGACAUUUGUAAAACGACUUUAUGGUUAUAAAAAUAACAGUCCUGUAAAAGUUAUUUCAAUUUUUGGUAACACUGGUGAUGGGAAGUCUCAUACUCUCAAUCAAUGUUUUUUUAAAGGUUCUGAAGUCUUUCGAACGUCUUCUGAACAAAAGGCAUGUACUGUUGGUAUUUGGGUUGCAUUUGAUCCUACACUGAAUAUUGUAUGUUUGGAUACUGAAGGCUUUUCUGGAUCAGCUUUACAUAAUAAACAAAGAAUAAGAUUAUUACUUAAAGUUUUAGCUGUAUCAGAUAUAGUUAUUUAUAAAGUCAAAGGUGAGCGGUUACAAGAUGAUAUGUUCAAUUUCCUUGGUUCAGCAUCAAAGGCAUACAUUAAACAUUUUCAAAAAGCUUUAAAAUCUGUCAAUUACCAUUCUUCAGAUCCAGUAAAGUCUUCCGAUUUAACUCAAGGACCAUCACUUUGUAUUUUUCAUGAAACAAGAAACACUGAACCUCUAAUAUCUUGUAAUGGUAAAAAUGCUUCAGAACAGAUAUAUGAAAGAUUUCAUGAGCUACAGCUUAAUAUAGAUGGUUUUGCAUCAUUACGAUACAUUGGUAUUCAAACAAUUGUUCCACCUACUGAUUUUGGACCAAUUAGAGAAGUACUUAAUGAAGAAUUGUUGAUCAACUCCAAUAGACCUCAGCGUUCACCACAUGUUGUAUACCUUACAUUAAAAGCACUGAACGACAAGUUUACUGGUGUUAUCAAAAAUUCAAUUGAACCACUUUUCCCAGAUCAACAUUUGACUUGUCCUACAAUAUGUCAAUCUUGUGAACAACGUUGUGCAAAUAGUGUUGGCCAUUUGAAAGAUAACAUUCCUCACUUUAGUAAUUCUAAGUGCAGAUUUCAAUCUCAAUUUGAAAAUUCUAUUUAUAUAUGUAAAGUGUGUAAAGACAAUGGAAAUGCCAUAGAAGUUACAACAAAAUAUAUAAAUGAAAACCAAAAUUCAUGGCUCAAAUAUGCUUUUUCUGAAUACAUUAUUGAAUGUCCAAAAUGUGGAAUUAUAUAUCGUAGUAAACAGUAUUGGUAUGGUAAUGAUAACCCCGAAAAAACUGCAGUAUAUUCAGAAACGAGACAUAUUUGGCCAGGUAUGGAUUUGCCUUCAUCUUCAAGUAUGAAUCCAGCUAGGAAAGUAUUAGAUGGGGUAACAUAUUUGUCUGAAACUGUUGCAAGUGUUGGUUAUGAGCCAUCUCGUUUAUUAUCAUCUUGGGUUGCUGAUCAGUUUGCACCUAAAUAUUGGAAACCAAAUUCUGAAAUUAAAGAGUGCAUAAUUUGUAAACUACAAUUUUCAUCAACAUCUGUGAAACAUCAUUGUAGAGCUUGUGGUGAAGGAGUUUGUGAUGAAUGUUCUAAACAUUCAAUGUGUGUUCCCGAUAGAGGUUGGGAUACACCUGUAAGAGUAUGUAACUUUUGUUAUAAAAGAUCUGGAAGCAUUAGUAGUAACUGCUCAGAGUCUUCAAGUAGAGGAGAAGAAAAUGUAGUAAGUGCUAGAAAAUUUAGUGAAGCUUUAGUAAACACUUUAUCUUCUGUGGCAUCUGUUUUAGAAUACCCUAAAAAUUUAAUAAAAGAUACUGCUAAGCCUUCAUAUUGGAUACCAGACAAUGAAGCUUUAGACUGUGUUGUUUGUAAAUCUCUUUUUGGACCAGUAUUGAUAUUGCAUCAUUGUCGAGAAUGUGGUAAUGGAGUAUGUGAAAACUGUUCUAAUCACAGAAAACCUGUCCCUCAUAGGGGAUGGCCUAACCCUGUUCGUGUUUGUGACUUAUGCGUAAAUAAAGACAUAUAAACUAUAGUAAAUUGAUAAAAUUAUUAUUUUUUAAUUAGAAAAAUAUACUCUAUUAUGAAAGUUUUUGUGUUGGUAAAAACAAUGUUUAAUGUACUUAAUAGUUGAUUUUUUAAAUUUAUAUAACUUAAUUUUAUAUGAGUAAUUUUAUUUAAAAAUAUAUGCACAAUUGUUUUAUUUUAUUUGAGAGUUCAUAAAUAUUUUAGUACAUCACUAAAAUAAUGUUGAACUUUAUAAAAAAAUUCAUUGUUUAAAAAAAAAAUUCUGUGAUAGGUAAAAUUUAAGAGCUAGUCUAUGUAUUUU